AUGACCACACUAAAUGGUAGCGAGUCCACAUGGCUUGACAUGCAGCGUGGACACACGUACGGGAGUGACGUGACGUCAAGCUGGCUCGCUGCCAGAUACGUAACGUCACUCCGAGUAAACACUCCGAGCGAUGUACGGGAACCGAUGACUCAGGACGGCAAACGAGCAGACGGAUUACCUGAUGGUGAGCAAUCGGCGUCGCCCAUGGACACCCGCAACAAAGAAGGAGUUACGAAAGUGAUGCGGCGCGUGGCGUGCGGCGACGUGUGUCCCCCGCCCCCGCCUGCGCCGCUAGCGCUGCACAGGACAUCGGAGAACAAAGAGUUGCUACGCCAGCAGCUUUUGUCGGCCAGCAAGGAGCGUCUUGAAAAACAGGAAUCCCCAAAACCGAAGCACGCUCGAAACAGACAGAAGAACCGAUGGAAACUGAAGUUCCACCACCAAGCACUGCCACAGGAGUACCUCGAUCACUACGAGCAGAGCUUGCAGAAGGCCAACGCAGCUAAGCAGGCACAGCAGAAACAGAAGCCCGCAGAGAAGCCCAAAGUAGAAGCCAACUUUGACAUCAACAACUUUACCAACGAGACGUUCAAGAUCUGGGCGCAAAGGCUGGCGGGCAUACAGAAUGAGACCGGCACACUGACAGUGCCGCAGGUAUCCUCCAUGCUCAACAUGGCCGCCAAGCCACCCAGCAAAGACGACAAGAAGAAGAAGAACCCUGCCAUAGCUCCGAGCAAGAUUGUCACGUACGACGACUUGCCGUACAUGGGGGAGAUGACUCUCAACAAUUCUAAGCCAAGGAGAGGGCGCAAACCGAAGAAGGCAGACAUAUGCCACUUGAUAUACGAGAACUACGGGACCGUAGUGCCGGGACAACCACCCUCGGCACAAGAAAGGCUGAACCAACUGAACAUGUGCCCACCCUUCAAAGGAGGAGACAACCCACCCACGAACAACCCUAAAACUGACUUACAGAAUAAAAUCAUAUCUAGUUUAUUAGAAAGAAAGUUGUCACAAGAAAACAAGAAGCGAUUAGAAUCGUUGACUCCUCCAAAGUUCCCCAGUCCAGACGAACCGAUGCCUGAAGCUCCAGUCACGAUCGCAGGGCCUUUGCAUAGUGAUGAUGAACCUUUGAAUCUCUGCAUCAGAGAUCUCCACGAUCUCAAGAUACAAAUACAAAAGAAGUUUGGGAACAUUUACUCUUCCCUUCCAGAAGUAAAGACUGAAGCAGAUUCAGAGAGCUCGGAGCAGGAAAGUAAUAAAGCCGAGCAUCCCCCCAACGCUAUCUCAGUGAUCCAGAGGAACACGAACCUGACGCCAGCGACAGGCAGCAGCUCGCCCGAGCUGUCCCGGCCGCGCAACGUGUCGCCCACUCUGUCGGAGCCCGCGCAGUCUACCGCCAGCCCCGACGGUGACGGCAAGUUCCCCGGGUACGUGUACUGGCCCAACGCCGGCAUCUACAUGCAUCCCUUAGCGCUGCAGACGCAACUCUUGUAUUACCAACGGCUUGCGGCUGCCGGCCAGCUAUCGCUCAGUGCUGAAGGUGACAAUAGGGAACCUACGUCCACGCCGAACAGUGUCAGUGAAGUGUCGGAGAAUUCGUCAAUAGACGACAACAAAAACAAAUUAGUGCUCAAACAAAUUUCAGAACUGUUAGACCCAAAAGUGAUAAAACAAGUGGAAGACGCGAAGCAGAGCCCCGACCAAACUAAAAUGAAGAGAGUGUCACCGAACUCUGCGCAGGGGCCGGUGAAAAGGAAGCGGUCGGCUAUAUUCAUACCGCCGAUGCCGACUAAGACCAACUCCACCACACCAACCACAGAAGUCAGUAUUUGUAAGUUUAAGUUCACGGGAGGUUCCAAGCCUUCGCUACAGGAGAAAAAGAUGCUCUCCGUCGACUCCGGAGGAAACUUCAGAUACUACAGUGGCACGGGCAACAAGGGGAACAAGGGCUAUGAGUACCUGCAGCGCGACUCCAAUCAAGGCAAGAACUCUGCAACUGCGGAAACGUCCACAUCGCAGCCUAAAUUAGAAGAACAUGGGACAGCUCUGAGUAAGGAAGAUUUAAGUAAAAAGAAAAGAAAGUCCAGAAAGAGUCUGCAGAGAGAGAAGCUGGAGCAGACGUUCAAAGAGAAGGGGUUUCUGAUACAAACCCAGCAGUUGCAGUCGGCAGAGGGCGCGACGUACUGCAAGUUCCGGCAACUGCGUAAGUUCACGCGGUACCUGUUCCGCAGCUGGAAGGAUUACCUGCCCGGGGAGCUCGAGGACCAGGCCGCGCCCCCCACACCGCCCACUGCUCCCCCGCCCCCACCUACCGACCCCGCACCCUCCACAGAGUGGGGCUGA